CUAGAGCGGGAGGCGGCGCUUCCGCCGUGGGAUUCUGAAAGGAAGUUGAAGCUUCUAUCGCUGCUGCUGGCGGUGGAUCCGUUGCGGUGCCACAAGAUGGCGGCGCUUCCUGUCCAGGCUCUGAAGGCGGCUGCUGCGCCGGCGGAGGAGCGAGAUCCCCGGUCGGAUCAUCCCCGCUACAGCCGUCUGUUGGCCUCUCUGGGCACGGCGGCCUCCCCGGAGGAGAUCCGGCAGCGCUUCGCCCCCUUCGGGGAGGUGGCGGACGUGUGGGUGAUGCGGGACCGGCCCUGCGGGGGGGAAGCCCUCGGUGCCGCCUACGUCAAGUACGCCUUGGCCUCGCAGGCCUGCAGGGCGGCCGAGGAGCUGGAGGGCAGGCGCUUCUCCCCGGAGGCCCCCAGGCCCAUGAAGGUGUGUAUCGCACAAAGGCAAACUACGGGAGGCACCAAAAACAUUGGAAUUCGACAGCUGACUCUAAUACAUGUCCAUGUUCCAGACUCCUUUACAGAGAAGCACCUGACGGAUACUUUUAAGAUCUAUGGAACUAUUGAUGUAUGCAUGAUCCUACAGAAGGAAAAUGAAGAGGUUGCAUACAUAAGGUUUUUAAAGGCAUCGCAAGCAGCCUUGGCAAUAGAAGAAUGUGACAAAAGGUUCAAAGCUGUUUGGGCUGAUGGUGAAACUACUCUCCCUGAAAUUUAUGAAGAGAAAAAAGAGAGCAGUGAAGUACAAAGAAGCAGCCUUUCUUCUUUGGUUUCAGGGUACAGCACCACUGGGCCUGACCUAGUAAACAAGCUUCCUGAAUACCAUGAACAUGAAUACAGUAAGGGUAGCAUGGAUUAUAGAACCCCUUUGCCCGAGUCUGUGACCAAGCAAAAUGAAUCAAGUUUGCAAUACUCCUACGUGAAUAACACAGAACAGGAAGCACAAUGCUACAGAACAGAACAGAGUAGCAUAUAUACCUCAGAUAAAUCCACAAAAUCCUCUGAAUGCAUUGUUAUGGGAGAGGAAACAAGCUACCAUAAAAUAAGGGAGAGGAACUUGCUUGCUUCAGCACAACCACCAAACCUUGCAUCUGUUGAGAGGAGGGACACAAAAAGCCCAGAAUCUGUUUCCAGGCGCUUGCUGGUAGUAUCAGAAUUCCCAUUUUCACGACAGCAGCUAUUCAACCUCUGUAAUCUUAUCCCAGGCUUGGAAUCUUGUGAAGUGUCUCAGGGUCUUUACAGUAAUCAUGCAUAUGCGGUGGUUCAGUAUAAUAAUGCUGCAUCAGCUAUCUAUGCCAAACAUAAACUGAAUGGUUUUGAAUACCCUUUUGGGAGCUGGCUACUUGUUACAUUCAUUGAAGGAGGAACAGGCAAAACUGACCUUCUCAGACGGACAGCAAAACGGAAACCUUCAUCAUUUCAACUUCUGGAGUCCUCUGAGACCCAGAGUUCUUCACCUUACCUCCAAACAGAUGCUGGGCUACCUUCAAGCAAAAGGAAAGCUCCCCUUGACUCUUAUGUGCGAGAAAGGCUUUUCAUUAUGUUCAGUCCUCAUCCUUUACCUCAAGACAUCUUGGAUAAUGUAUUAUGUCGGUUUGGAAAUUUUAUAAAUGUUUACCUCAUUCCUGGAGAAAACAUAGCUUAUGCUAUGUUUGCAGAGAGAGCAAGUGCUAGUGAUGCUAUAGCUGUGUUACAUGGGAAGACUGUGAAUGGUGUGAAGUUGAAGGUGAAAUUGGCAGAUUUGCCCAUAGAAGACUCCAGUAAACGCCAAAGGACAUUUUGACCAAGUGGGAGAGCUGGCUGUCUCUGUUGCCUAGACAAAGUCAGCGCUAGGAUCUGACUCCAGGAAGAGCAGCUUCUGAAACCAUCUGUAGAGAGGUCAUUCUAUAAAGCUCUUCUAUAUGUAGAGGAGUAAGCCAGAGGAAUGUGCCAUGAAAUGGGAAUUGCUGGGGAAAAGCCACAGUUUACUCCUAUCAAGCAAGAAGACUUGCCCUGCUGGCCUGGAAAACAGAGUCUUUUUGUCAGGAGCAUCUACUGAGAUGUAAUGCCACUUGUGUUUAAACAGAUGGGGCCAGAUGGGGCAGCAUGGUGUGCAGCAAAACAUAGUAGAUAAAGAUGCCCUUAUAGCACUCCUAUGAACAAAUCCACAGCAAUCAAAACUGAUGCUUAAUAUUUUUCCCCUUGAAAUUCCCCCCCCCUUGAAUUCAAGCUCUUUCUUUCUUAGUUUACUGCAUAAACACCUUGAGCUGUUCUCCCUUUCUUUCUUUCUUUCUUUCUUUCUUUCAUUAUGAAAAAAGAAAGCGCACAGAAACUGGGAUAUUUUUUAAAAAUUUUUCUUGAACUCUAUUUAGCGUUAGAUUAUUUUUUGGAAUCUGGAAACUGUAUCUCAGUGUCUCAGUAACAGUAAUGUAAUUUUAAAGUCUGCAUUGUGAAAUAAUUAUGAAUACAAUGAAUAUUUCUAUGA